AUGGCAGGAGCGGCUCCUAGUCCUUUAAGUAAGAAACUUUGGAGAGAAUUGACUGAUGUCAAAUUACUGAGUGAAAAUAAUAAGCUAAAACAAGGCAAGUUUAUUUAUGAAAGUUCUUCAUUCGACUAUUCACCAGAGGACUUACCCAAGGGUUAUGCUCAAAAUGUUAUUGUUGGACGAUUAGAACUAACAUCGAAUAUUUAUAAAACUCAUGAUCCUCGAAUUGAAAUCCAUCUACCACCAGAAUAUCCAGUGAAACCACCUGAAGUGGUCAUGGCGACACCAGUCUACCAUCCAAAUGUUAACGAAAAAAAUCGAUUAUGUGAUAAUCGCCUGACUCUGACUGAAACGUGGAAAAAUCAAACGACUUUGCUCGAAGUUCUUGAGAUUAUUAUCGACGUUCUUGAUAAUCCUAAACCUGAAGGUGGUGCAGUGAAUACCGAUAUUGCUAGAGAAUAUAUGCAAAAUAAAGCUGAAUACGAACGAAAGGCGAUGGCAAUGAUCCAGAAGAAUGGAGUACCUCGAUCAUAA